CCGCCGCAGACACGGGAACUGCUUCGAAGCCGCUGGAGCAGCGCCCGACGCUAAGGUUCUCUAAUGAUCUUGCUUCACCAUGGCUACAAAUAUGGAGGGGCUGGUUCAGCACAGAGUGGGGACCCAACAGGUGGCUGAGGUACAUCCAGGUGACCACUCAGCAUCUUGAACCUUGCAUUUGGUACCACGUACACAGAACUCUCAGUCCGAAUCUCCAGGGAUGACCAGCCCCUCCCCACGCAUUCAGAUAAUCUCCACCGACUCUGCGGUAGCCUCACCUCAGCGCAUUCAGAUUGUGACAGACCAGCAGACAGGACAGAAGAUCCAAAUAGUCACCGCAGUGGACCCCUCCGGAUCUUCCAAACAGCAGUUCAUCCUGACCAGCCCAGAUGGAGCUGGAACUGGCAAGGUGAUCCUGGCUUCUCCGGAGACAUCCAAUGCCAAGCAGCUCAUAUUCACCACCUCGGACAGCCUUGUCCCUGGCAGGAUUCAGAUCGUCACGGAUUCUGCUUCCGUGGAGCGUUUGCUGGGGAAGACAGACGCCCAGCGGCCCCAGGUGGUUGAAUACUGUGUGGUCUGUGGUGAUAAAGCCUCUGGCCGUCACUAUGGGGCUGUCAGUUGUGAAGGUUGCAAAGGUUUCUUCAAAAGGAGCGUGAGAAAAAAUCUGACCUAUAGCUGCCGGAGCAACCAAGACUGCAUUAUCAACAAGCACCACCGCAACCGCUGUCAGUUCUGUCGACUGAAGAAGUGCCUAGAGAUGGGCAUGAAGAUGGAAUCUGUACAGAGUGAACGGAAGCCCUUUGAUGUGCAACGAGAGAAACCAAGUAAUUGUGCUGCUUCAACUGAGAAAAUCUAUAUCCGCAAGGACCUGAGAAGUCCUCUGAUAGCCACUCCCACAUUUGUGGCAGACAAGGAUGGAGCAAGACAAACAGGUCUUCUUGAUCCAGGGAUGCUUGUGAACAUCCAGCAGCCUUUGAUACGUGAGGAUGGUACGGUUCUCCUGGCCACGGAUUCCAAGGCUGAAACAAGCCAGGGAGCUCUAGGUACACUGGCAAAUGUAGUGACGUCCCUUGCCAAUCUAAGUGAAUCCUUAAACAAUGGCGACACUUCAGAAAUCCAGCCAGAGGACCAAUCUGCAAGUGAAAUUACUCGGGCAUUUGACACCUUAGCUAAAGCUCUUAAUACCACAGACAGCUCCUCACCUCCAAGCCUGGCAGAUGGGAUAGACACCAGUGGAGGAGGGAGCAUCCAUGUCAUCAGCAGAGACCAGUCAACCCCCAUCAUUGAAGUUGAAGGCCCCCUCCUUUCAGACACACAUGUCACAUUUAAGCUGACAAUGCCAAGCCCGAUGCCAGAGUACCUCAACGUACACUACAUCUGUGAGUCUGCAUCCCGUUUGCUUUUCCUGUCCAUGCACUGGGCAAGGUCAAUCCCAGCCUUCCAGGCACUUGGACAAGAUUGCAACACCAGCCUGGUGCGGGCCUGCUGGAAUGAGCUCUUCACCCUUGGUCUGGCCCAGUGUGCUCAGGUCAUGAGUCUCUCCACCAUCCUGGCAGCCAUUGUCAACCACCUGCAGAACAGCAUCCAGGAAGAUAAGCUUUCUGGGGACCGGAUAAAGCAAGUCAUGGAGCACAUCUGGAAGCUGCAAGAGUUCUGUAACAGCAUGGCAAAGCUGGAUAUAGAUGGCUAUGAGUACGCAUAUCUUAAAGCUAUAGUUCUCUUUAGUCCCGAUCAUCCAGGUUUGACAGGCACAAGCCAGAUUGAGAAAUUCCAGGAGAAGGCACAGAUGGAGCUACAAGACUAUGUGCAGAAAACUUACUCAGAAGACACAUACCGAUUGGCCCGGAUUCUCGUCCGCCUGCCUGCGCUCAGGCUCAUGAGCUCCAACAUAACAGAAGAACUAUUUUUUACUGGCCUCAUUGGCAAUGUUUCAAUAGACAGCAUAAUCCCCUACAUCCUCAAGAUGGAGACAGCAGAGUAUAAUGGCCAGAUCACCGGAGCGAGUCUAUAGUGCACAUCAGGCUCCUGCCACCAGUGAGAAACCUUCUAGGAUGGUGCAGACAAGAAAGGAAGGAAAAGUAGUGGGAUCUUGGUAUGUGCAAAUAUUUUCAGUAUGUUAGCCACUUCCUAACUGGUUUCCUCUUACCUGUUAGUUCCAAACUAAAAGACUAGUAGGAUCCUUUCCUGCCAUCAAGAAAUGUUUUAAUGCCUUUUGAUGAAGCAGAUUUUGAAACAAUCUUUUAACUCAAUUUGUAUUUAGAAAUUCUCAAAGGGCAAAAAACAAAACUGAAGUUUUAUAAUGUCAGAGACUAGUAUUAAAACUAAAAGAACCUAAGAACAGAAUGUGUAAAUACAUUAAAAAAAAAAAAGUCCUUGGAAUUAAUAGCUACUAAUUACCAGGGUAAUAUUAGCACUUUCUAAGCACUUCUUAUCAACAUUUGUAAUGUUAGCAACAUCUUGCCUAGACAGGGCAAAUGGAACUGUGUCUUUUGCUGAAAUGCUAAUAACUUCUAUAAAAACUCACAAGGGUACAGGAGACAAUCAUUCAUAUUCAGAAAAGGGCAGCAGCACUCCUAACUGUGCACACAAUGGUGGUGGUGCGUUAAAUCCUGGGAGGAAAGCCUGGCUUACUGGUGGUGUGUAACAGCACAAUUGGCAGUGACCCCAACCAGGAACUUCCAGCUUGUUGGGUUUCCUGCCACAUCACGUGGCCUUGGUCUGUGAGGCAUUUCUGAAUACUCCAGAAUGUGGGAUUCUCUUCUGAUUGGUUUUCAGAAUUAGGUUACAUCUUGUCAGAUUUGCCUGCAAAAUAAGUCAUGUAAUUCCUCCAAUGACUGAAAAUGUCCCCAGGUUCCUCCACCACCAUGGUCGUUAGAGCCUUUUGACCAAAAAGAACAAAGUAAGCAUUCUGAACUCAGGACAGCACUUCUUGACUGUGACCUGGAAUAGCUCACGCUGUAAUAGCUCAUGCUGUCCACAUCGGUGGGGACUCCCAGUUCUGGUGUACCCAGUGCCUGCAUUGGUCAGAAUCUGCAGCAGGAUGGAGGCUGUGCAGCCAUGUAGAGCUGAACAGAAGGCAUCAGGAUGCAUUUUCAGAUACUAAAUAUUAGAGAUUUCCAUGUCUGCAGACUAGCUCUCUGCUGGGAGGUUGUUCAUUGUCCUGGUACACCAUGCUUUUUGGUUUCUUGGGGAGUGCCCCAGUCGGAGAAUCCUCGCAGCAUUUAAAUGGAAGCAGAAGAGCACCCACUUUUUUAAAAGCAAAACUAAGGCCAGGCACAUGACACACACUUGGGAGGCUGAGACAGCAGGGUCAGAAGGUCACCGCCAGCCUGGGCAACUUAGGGAGGAACCCCUGUCUGUUUUAAAGUGGGGAGCAGGUCUGGGCUGUGACUCAGUGGUAGAGUGCUUGCCUAGUAUGUGCAAGGCCCUGGAUUCCAUCUCUAGCACCAAAACAAAAAAGGAAGGGGGGGGAGUAACCCCUGUUCCCAAAGUGAUGUUUUCUCCUCAGAAAUUAUAGUGAUCAUAGCUUCCAAUGCAAGAAUUCAGUCACAAUGAAGUUAACUUUUUAAAGCAUCCUACAUUCCCAAGGAUGUGCUAGUAACAGCCUUUCCUAUAAGAAAAGUGGCAAGUGGGAGGCUGGGCCAGGUGCUUCAUAUUAUUUGUCUAGCAGUAAUAAUACCUCCUGUCCAGUUAAAUUGUUGAUACAAAAAGAUCUGUAAUCACUGUCAUGGGGCCCAAGGUCAAACAGGAUGUAUCCUCUUGAGGUGUCUAUCUCCAGUUUCUAAAUUCCUAUUUGGAUUUAAUCACAUUUACAGGUCAGGCUUUGAAAGCCAAAAUUAGAGGAAUAGUGGGGAUGGCCAUUAUAAAAUGAUGGGAAGGACUUAAUUUUGCCAGCUUGAAGUAAUGUUGUUAGUUUCUCAUACCAACAUGUUUUAAAUUAAAAAUUUUAGACAAAAAGACUGCACAAAGCCAUGGUUCAGGUAGGUGUCUCUCAUCUCUGCUUAUAAAGGACUUUAAUAGAGAGCAUCUAUGCAAUGUGCAGUUACUGACUAGGUUCCUUUGCUGGUUUUGGAGAAUGCCAGGCCUCAUUCCCAGGGCACUCAGCAGCAGGGCCUAGGUAUCCCAUGUCCAUUAGGCUAUUUAAACUCAGGUUCAGGUGCUGAGCUCUGGUGAGAAAGCACCAGUGAAAAAGUUAAUUAUAACCUGCCUGGUCCUUCUAAAGUUUCAUUUGUUUCCCAGAUCUACUUGGCCUUACCUUGGAAAGAAAAGUGGCCUUUCCUUUAAGCCACAUCCACAUCACCCAGAUUCUCAUUGCCUGAAAUCAGUUCAAGCCUUUGAGUGUGGGUCCUUUUAUCUUUCAUCAAAUUGAUUUAGGAAAGUCAGCCCAAGACCAGUUAGAGAGAUCCCAACCUAGUAUUUUCAGAGGCUCUCUACCCUUGGCUAGGAAUCUCACACUGUGGAUCGGAUGAGGCAAGAUCAGGCCUCUUCCUGCCUAGUUCUGGCCACAAAGCCUGGCUACUCUUCCCUUAGUGAGAGGACAGUGGCUUAGGGAGAUCAACAGACACAAGCUGUCUGCAUAACUGGGCUCUUUUCUGUUAAGUACCUCAAAUAAUGUUAUGUGUUGAAAUUUAAGGAAAUCACCUUAUAUAAGCAUAAAAUAAGACAGAAAAGAUGUAGACAAAGACCAAAUUACGUAGUAAUUUUCAAGUUACUCCCUCAAGGUGUUUGUAAAGUAUAGCACCAUCCUCCCAGUUUGCAAACCAUGUGUGUGCGCAUAUUGAGAAGGUUGCUUUAUUUGUUGUCUAAUCUGUGUAUACAACUACAGAUGGCAUUCUUGUGUUUAGGUUUAUUUAAGUUCAAGUAGAGUCACUUGUUAGUCCUUGAGGGAUCAUUUCCUAGCUUGUCAGUAUUAGAUACGGACUCUGUUCUGAGGCAGUCAGGAUACCAACCAAGGUGGUCGAAGUAGACACUGUGGCCUCUAAGUGACGCAGCAUCCACACCACCACACAUCCACACUUGGCAACAAGGCAGGAAUUUAGGACUUGAGCUGUAGUGGGCCAUUUCCUAUAAGGGCAGUCCUGCUCAUGACCUGCCUCUGACCAGCAACCCUGGCAGUUUCUAGGAUCUGGCCUCAUGAAGUCCAGAAGCUUCUUGAUGCUCUCCAGUGGAAACCGUUUGAUGUGUAGGAGACUGUAGGUGCUGCUGAACCAGUUCUCUAUGUCCAGGCCAUGAAAAGCACCAUCCUCUGACACCUUUUUUCCUGUGGAGGGUUCUGGGACCUCUUCGGGCUUAGAAACAUCACCACCAAGCAGGUACCCACCUCUUCCUUUGCCCAACUUACAUUCUAUGUGGCUCUUUGCAAAUGUCUUAAGUUUGAUGUAAAUUUUUGAAACCAAUUCCAAUUGAGAUACUGGUUUAGAUCUUUUGUGCAAGGUUCUGGACCUCCUCAUUGAGUGCCUCCCACCACUGGUCCUCUCAGUGGCAUUGUAUCCAUAGUCAUAGGCCUGGAUGACUGAAUGAAUGUACAUGUGUCUGUCUUCUCUGUACAGUGUAUAUAGUGUGUACAUAGGUGUAUAUUAUGUAUACAGACACGCAGACACGCAUCCAAACUUAUGUUAUUGAAUUGAUGCUAGCAUUGCUAAGAUGGAUGGAUGUGGAUGUUGCACAGUCUCUCAGCAGGGAAGCUGUGCUGGUAAGUUUCUUAACUGUUUUCAAGGGACUGCCUGGGAAGGGCUGGACAGUCAGUUCUCUGGGUACACAAGGACCAGGGAAGCUGAGACAGUUUAGUCUAAUAUCAAAAAUGAAGUGGUCAUUAUGAUCCUGCAGAACAGCCAUUUAGGCCUAAUAGGGAGGGAGGAACUUGAUGGCUGAGGUCAUCAGCCUUCCUCAGUACUCUGAGCUCUUCGUGUGGUUCAAGGACUCAGGACUCCCAAGAAAAAGGCAGUGGUCUCUCUUACUCCUGUCCUUGUAACUUUUCCCACCUAAUUCCUGGUAAAAAUAACCAGCCUACCAAGUAUUCUUUAAAAAUAAAUGCCAAUGGUGACAACCUUUGUGGCAUUUAAGUUACAAAUAGUAAAUUAAGUUGCUCCUAUAACAAAGCAUAUGAAGAAAUCUAGACUUAAAUCCAUUCUGUAAAUUAUGAUUUAAGUUUUUCAGAGAAAAGUUAUAUUUACUAUGGACAUGUUUGGCCCAUUAAAAAAAAAAAAAGGAUGCCAAAUUUUCAUCUGCCAGGUUCUAGUCUAAUGAAAUUUGGCCCCCAUGAUUGGGAUUUAGGCUGCUGGUGGCCAUGGUGAGCAGAGGCCUGGCUAGGAAGCCAUUGGCUAAAUGCUAAACUUGCAUGACCCAUGGGUUGCUCUUUGUGUUUUUGAGGUAAGCUAUCAAAAUGUUUCAGAAACACUUCAUGAGACCCUAGUCCUCAGUGCCUUUUGUGAGACAUGGGUAACUUAGCCUUUGGCUUCCCGUCUCUGCUCUGUCCCUGGCCUCACCCCUCGUGAUUGUUUAGGUCUUGCCCAUGCCAUUGUGACAAUCACUGUUGAAAAUGGCUUUCCAGUUAAAAACACACAUGGAAGCCUAACAUUCUCAAAAUGAACACUUCAGUUUCUGUUGUUGUUGUUGUUGGGGGGGCUAGUGGUCUUAGCAGCAGCUAAGGAUAAUUCACUUGAUAGCUUAAAGUGUCUUAGGAAGAAGAGAGAAAUGUCAAGACAUUUUUAAUACUCAGCAAUCUACUUUUCAGAGUGUCUUUACAUACACCACAGAAAAAUGCUCAACAUUAACCUGUAGAUAGACUGUGUUAAAUGUUAAUGUUUUGGGUAACAUUUUGAAGACUAUAUUACACAUGGCCUUUCUUCAGGAAAAGUAUCAUCAGUCGUCAUUCAUGGACUCCAAUGCUGCUGCACAUACAACUCAAGUGCUGGAAUAUUUUUCUAGUCUGUUUUCCCAAUUAUCUUGUAAAUCAGUGUUCAAUUAGUUUUAUAACUGAAAAGCUGCACAUUUUUCAUAGUACCAAUUAGUUUUACCUGUAGUUUGGAUUUCUGUAUUAAAAUGUAGCUGCAUUAUCCACCCUUAAAAAAAAAAAAGACAUUAAAGGAAAAUUUAGUAUGAGAUUUUCUUGGGACCGUUUCU